UACUACGGAUCCUGCCUGUCGCCGCGGCGGGGAUCGGGAAGUGUCAAGCGGAGUCGGGUUUCCCCGCCUUCGCAGUUACCACCACUGAACCCGGACCCUUACCCAGGCCCGGGCCUAGUCGCCAUGACUAACGUGUACUCCUUGGAUGGGAUUCUGGUAUUUGGUUUGCUCUUUGUUUGCACCUGUGCCUACUUCAAGAAAGUACCUCGUCUCAAAACCUGGCUGCUAUCAGAGAAGAAGGGAGUUUGGGGUGUGUUUUACAAAGGUAAGGUCAUAUCUGAACCUUGUCAGGGGCAGGAAGUGAUUUCUCUUUCUACUUUUGCCUGCAGCUGCUGUGAUUGGAACCAGGCUGCAUGCUGCUGUGGCAAUCGCAUGCAUUGUAAUGGCCUUUUACGUCUUGUUUAUAAAAUGAAUCACAAAACAUCCAACUCAUCAACUGCCAACCAAGGGGACAGGGGUGAAGAACCCGUUGGAGGCCUGGACCCAGUGUAGGAGAGUUCAGCCAAAAACAUCAAAGUCCCCAGGAUGACAUCACAGCAUCUGCCCUUGCCAUAUGUGAGGAAAACUCUUCGUGGUCACGGAUGUUAUUUAUGCUUCAGGAGACUCCAGAAAGCCAACUUCCUUUGAUCUGUGUGUAAAUCGGCCCUCAGCAGUGAACAUAUAAUGUCCAGUUUAAUUAUACCCAUCGGUAAUAAGAUUACAUACCUCCUGCUUUUUAAAAACUUACCACCUGGUCUGGGGUUUAUAGCUCAGUGGUAGAGCAUUUGCUUAGCAUGUGUGAGGCCUUGGGUUCAAUCUUCAGCACUGCAAAAAACAAAAAUAACACCAACAUGUCACCUAUUUUGUUCUUCAACCCCUUAUCAGUAUCUUUUCAAACUGAGGCUUAUAGGGAAGGACACAGGCUGUGUUCAGACCUCUUAGAAGGAGAGAUAAUUUUCCAGACUUGACUCUUUUUCACUGUUUAAUAUGGAUUUGGCAAAUUGGGGAGGGAGGGUACUAGGUGGGACAUAGGAGUUAUGAAAGGCCAGGAAUUGCUUGGCUUUAGAAAUUUAUUUUUUAUAUACCUAUCUGGGAACAUGAGAGAGGGCUCUCAUUGCAAAAAGAGAACAGAUGAAGCAGUUUGGCAUGUGCUCAUAGCUUGAGAGUUUUGCCAAGAGACUCUGAGCUCAUAUAAAAUUCAGGAUCUAACCAUCUGUAAUGAGACUAGAGAGCAUUGAUAAAGACAAGAAAACACUUUCUGUUCACCUGUAUCCCCCCAAAAAGACUUUACUCAAUCAAAUGGUAUAUGAAAAAUGAAUCAACUGUUGCUAUUUCUUAAGGCUUUUUUAUAUUUUCUAACAUACUUAGUGCUAAAUACUGUUACUCAGUUUUAAAUGCCAUCAUUAGGGGAAAAAGAAACUGUUGAAGACAUAAUUGUUUAAUAUAUUUGCAGUUAGAGGAGAAGAAAUAAAUAUCAAUUCAUAUACUAGUAAAUUCAUCUAGUAUAAGAAUUUAUUGUGAUAAUAGAUGGAAGUUUUCUCAUGUUAUAAAAGAUCCAUACUUAGUCUUUGUGUUAUGGCAAUUUUUAGUUGACUACCUGUUUUUCUUGGCCAACUCAAUUUUCUUUAUAUUGAAGUACUCUUUCAUUGUUUCUGGAAAUUAUUUACUGGGGGGAACGUGAGAAAUGUAAACAAGAGAGGUUGCUGAUAUUCGUUGGCAUGUUAGGACAGUUCAUAGAAUCCAUUAAUGAGAAAAGAAUUUUUCUAAAGUAAAGGGGAACAGAGCUUUACAAUGCAGAGAAAAGAGUUUUCCAUUGACUAUGGUAACUCCUGAGCAAAUCUUUUCAGAUGACAACACUUGAAGGGAAGACUUUUCUGCUCCCUCCUCAUAUAUGCAAAAUCAACUGUUGGAUUUGUGAAGCUAAGAACUUCUCUAUUUUUUAAAAAAAUUCUAAAACUAAAUUAUAAUAAACAACCCUAGAUAAAGAUCUUCCAGUUGAAUUGUCCUUUACAGUAAAACUUGACUGUGGACAAAUUAGCUGUGGAUGGCUCCUAUGUGGCAAUAAAUUGUAUUUUGUCUGCUUACUACAAAAGAUUAAAAGCUGCUAGGAAGUUUAGUUUCUAAAAUAUGCAGUUUCAUGCUUUGAGGGAUCCUAGAAGUACAGAACAUCAUCAAGUAAACACUACAUGUCUAAUCAUCUCAGAGUUGUGGCUGUUAUCUCUUCAGGAAUUGGUCCACAGGGUAAAUUUCAAUGAUUCAUAUUUCCCAUUGUCAUUUCUGAGGAUCUUUCAUAUGAGAGAAAGGAAAUCUGGUGGAAAAAGAAAAAGUCACACCUUUUGGUGUGAGUUUGGAACCUGUUGGCCAAAGGGAAUGUCUCUCGGUGGGAAGAGGUUCAGCAUGUUUUGCACUUGUUACUUUGUAGCUUUAAUGACUUGUUUUCUAAUAGGGCUAAUGUCUCUAAGUUUGGUGCUUAGAGCUGCUUCAUAUUUUAGACUAGUUCCAUUCCACAAUAUAGUUCAACCAAUUUUUGUAGCUGCCUGGGUGGGUCAUCUUGGUCUAGACUCUUGAGUUUUGAUAUUUUGAGAUUUUUCAUUCCAGAAUGUACCAAAAAGUGCACAAGGUGAAGGUAAUUUACAGCAAGAAGCAAAUAUGCAGCCUAUUUCACGUAAACAGAAAAAAGAGAACUUUAACUCAAUACUUUGGUUGACGUGUCAUAUAUUUUUGGCUAAAAAUUAUUUUAAAAAAUUGUUCCUCUGGGGAAGUCUUAGGGGUGGAGGCAUGAGGAUAGCAAUAUUGCCUCAAAUCCAACCUCUUGUCACCAUAAACCCUGUGUACCAGGGUAGAAUGAAUUCAGCUCCUUUUUAUAGUUGAAAUACAGUUUUUUAUUCAUCAUUGUCUGCACAAAUCCUUGAAAAUAAAAUUUUUUUCC